ACACACAGAGUGUGUCCAAACCUGUAUGUAUAGGUGUCCAAGAAAGAGAAGGGUCUGAGCAAAAGGCCACCUCAUAUUCUUUACUUUACUCAUUUCUACUAUACCUUUUUUCUUUCUCUUUCACACCCUUUAUCCAUAUUCUCUUGCAUAUCUUCAAAAUCUCUGCUUUCUGCAAAAUUGUUUCUGUUAAUGGCAAAUCUUGGUGAUAUUGGGGUUUCUGCAUUCAUCAACAUACUUGGUGCUUUUGCAUUCUUGCUUGCUUUUGCUUUGCUCAGGAUUCAGCCCAUCAAUGACAGGGUUUAUUUCCCGAAAUGGUAUAUUAAUGGAGAGAGGACUAGUCCAAGAAACAGUGGGUAUUUUGUGGGCAAGUUUGUUAAUCUCAAUUUCAAGACUUAUCUUACUUUUCUUAACUGGAUGCCUCAAGCUUUGAGGAUGAGUGAGUCUCAAAUUAUUCAGCAUGCUGGCCUUGAUUCAGCUGUUUUCUUGAGGAUUUACCUUCUGGGCUUAAAGAUUUUCGGGCCAAUGGCUGCCAUUGCACUCUUGGUACUUAUUCCAGUCAAUGUUUCAGGAGGCACAUUGUUUUUCUUGAGCAAAGAGCUGGUCGUUAGUGAUAUCGACAAACUCUCAAUAUCAAAUAUUCGUCCUAAAUCUAUUAAAUUUUUUGCCCACAUAUCACUGGAGUACUUGUUCACAUUCUGGACUUGUUACAUGCUUUACAAGGAAUAUGAAAGAGUGGCAGCAAUGAGAUUAAAAUUUUUGGCUUCUCAACAAAGGCGUGCUGAACAAUUUACAGUUUUAGUCAAGAAUGUGCCAUAUGCAUCUGGCCGCUCAAUAUCAGAUAGUGUGGAGAUAUAUUUCAAGAAAAAUCAUCCAGACCACUAUUUAUGUCACCAGGCCGUCUACAAUGCAAACAAGUUCGCAAAACUUGUUAGGAAAAGAGAGAGGAUCCAGAAUUGGCUGGACUAUAACCAACUUAAAUUUGAAAGACAUCCGGAGAAAAAGAGGCCAACGAGUAAUAAAGGAUUUCUUGGGCUUUGGGGUGAACAAGUUGAUUCUAUUGACUACUACAGAAAACUAUUAACAGAAUUUGACAGAAGAUUAACUAUGGAGCGCCAACGAGUUCUCAAGGACCCAAAAUAUAUAAUGCCGGCUGCCUUUGUGUCUUUUAAUUCACGAUGGGGUGCUUCUGUUUGUGCACAAACCACACAAAGCAAGAAUCCAACUCUCUGGCUAACAAAUUGGGCUCCUGAACCCAGGGAUGUAUACUGGAAAAAUCUGGCUAUACCCUUUAUUUCUUUGACCGUCAGAAAACUUGUGAUAUCAUUAUUGGUAUUUGCACUGGUCUUCUUCUACAUGAUACCCAUUGCCUUUGUGCAAUCACUAGCCAAUUUGGAUGGCCUUGAAAAGGUUGCUCCUUUCCUCAGGCCAGUGAUUGAAUUGAAAUUCGUUAAAUCAUUCUUACAGGGUUUCCUUCCUGGUCUAGCAUUGAAAAUCUUUUUGUACAUCCUUCCUUCUGUUCUGAUGGCAAUGUCAAAGUUUGAGGGACAUGUAGCAUUUUCAGUACUAGAACGGAGGACAGCUGCCAAAUACUACUACUUUAUGCUGGUUAAUGUAUUCUUGGGAAGCAUUGCUACUGGAACAGCUUUCGAACAACUUCAUUCUUUUCUACAUCAGUCACCAACCCAGAUUCCGCGGACAAUUGGAGUGUCAAUACCAAUGAAAGCCACUUUCUUUAUUACAUAUAUAAUGGUUGACGGAUGGGCCGGCAUUGCUGGUGAGAUUCUUCGAUUAAAACCAUUGGUUAUUUUUCACCUCAAAAACAUGUUCGUGGUGAAAACUGAAAGGGAUAGAGAGAAGGCAAUGGACCCUCAUGGUGUGGAUUUUCCCGAGGCUCUCCCAAGUCUGCAACUAUAUUUCCUCCUUGGUCUGGUGUAUGCCGUGAUUACUCCGAUCCUUCUUCCUUUUGUCUUGAUCUUCUUUGGAUUUGCAUACUUUGUCUAUCGUCAUCAGAUAAUUAAUGUUUAUAAUCAACAAUAUGAGAGUGUUGCAGCCUUCUGGCCCCAUGUUCACACCCGCAUUAUAGCAAGCUUGUUGAUAUCUCAACUACUCCUAAUGGGUCUACUGAGCACCAAAAAGGCUGCAAAUUCUACACCUUUUCUUGCUGUGCUACCAAUUCUGACACUAACAUUCCACAAGUAUUGUAAGAAUCGGUUUGAGCCUGCAUUCAGAAAGUACCCGCUUGAGGAAGCUGUAGACAAGGAUGCAGAGGAAGGAGGUCCUGAACAUGAUCUCAGUUUAAAGUCAUACUUAUCUGAUGCAUAUUUGCACCCCAUUUUCCGCUCAUUUGAAGAAGUUGGUCUAGUUGAGGACACUGAGGUUAAAGUUGAUAAAAAACCAACUCACCACAUCAUCACUCCUCCAGCAAGCCAACCUAGUUCCCAGUCCACGCCAAAUGCAGAAGCUGAGAUGGCUAAUAUUCAAAAGUACGAAUUCGAAGCACCUGGUAAUGCAUAUCACUAUGAAGUUGAGCCUCCUCCAGGUAAUGCAUAUCACUACCAAGUCGAAUCACCAGGUAAUGCAUAUGACUAUGGACCCGAAUCUCACAGCAAUGGUCCUCAUGGAUAUCAUUACGAAGUUGAAGCUCCUGGGAACACAUAUCACUAUGAAGACGAGUCAUCUGGGAAUGCAUAUAGCUACGCAGUUGAAUCGCCUGGUAAUGCAUAUCACUAUGAUGUCGAGCAACACUCUAGUCUGUAUACUUACUCUGAUGCUUCCCAUCACAACUAUCGUUACUGAGUCAUUGGAGUUUUUGUUGUCAAUAGUAAAAGUAGAUUCAACAGAGCUAAUCUAACCAGUGUUUCUGCCAGCAGAAACUUGCAUGCAUGCAAUUUAGUUACUUUCAUCAUACCAUCUGUAAUUAAUUAAUUUAAUGUUAUAAGGGUGUUGAUUUUGAAGAUGCUCAUGAUCAUAAUAUGGGUGCAAAGAGAAGUGGUUGAUUUACCUUUAUUUAUAGCUGUUUUACAGCA